AUGGCCAACAGAGGAGGCAGGAGAGAUGUCCUGCAAACACUGGAUGACAGGGAAUUAUUGAGACGCUACAGAUUGGAUCGUGCAGGAAUCAUGUUUGUGGUGGAUCUCCUUAGAGAUGCAAUUACUUCACCAACUCGACGCCACAACGCUAUUACACCGGAGAAGAAAGUAAUCACAACCCUGAGGUAUUUGGCAACAGGGAAAAUGCAACAAUGCAGCAGUGAUGACUUGGGUCUGUCCCAAUCCUCCGUCAGCAGAGUCAUCACCCAAACACUGACAGCUUUGUCACAACCUAAUAUUGUGACACAAUUUGUUUCAUUCCCGCUGGAUGCCCGCACUUUACACACACAUAAAAGGGCAUUUAUGGACAUUGCAGGAUUCCCUGGCGUUGUGGGUGUAAUUGAUGGAACACAUGUAAGAAUAAUUGCGCCAUCAGAGGACGAGGCUGUCUUUGUUAACAGGAAGAAUUUCCACAGCAUUAAUGUGCAAAUAGUGUUUAAUGCGGUCUGGAAGAUUUUGGACAUUGUGGCUAAAUGGCCAGGCUCCACACAUGAUGCGAGAAUGCUCUCCGAGACUGGCAUCAGACAGCUUUUUGAGAGACGCUAUGUGCCAGCUAAUUGCCACUUGUUAGGGGACAGUGGCUACCCAUGCAAACCAUGGCUCCUUACACCUUACCUCCAGCCACGCCAAGGGCCCCAACUAAACUAUAACAGGGCCCACAAGACAACAAGAGCGGUGGUGGAGCGUGGCAUAGGCCAGCUUAAGAGGCGCUUUCAUGUUCUCCACGGAGAGGUGCGGCUGAGGCCUGAAAAAGUCAGCAAAGUCAUCAUAGCCUGUGCAAUAUUACACAAUAUUUGCAAGGUUAGACAGAUUGCAGAACCUCUGGAGGAUGAGGAUGGAGACAACGAUGAGGAUGGUGGCAAGCUGUAG